AUGGGAAGACGUUCCCGCCGCUUCAUUGUUAUGAUGCAGGGCAUUGUCAUUGUUAAGCUGAAUAGGGGAGAAGAAGCAGAGCUAGAGAAGAACGGGUUGUCUUGUGCCUUUAUUCCUUUGUCUGACUUUGCUACAACCUCUCCUCUGCACGGCACUCCAGAUAACACAAAGGCGCCCGUGGGGCAUCACAUAACAUCGACUACCAAUAUUUCCGCUAUACGGUCAGACAUAUUACUCUACGACUAUAUGAGGGAGAAUUCUACUUUGUUAAGCUAUAUUCAGCGACUCCUUCAUAUGCAGCUCACCCCCCAAGAGCUGGCAGAUGCCCAGUUUCCUAGGCCAUCUGCUGCUAUUAUCGGUUAUGGAGAGUCAGCGUUAAAAGCUGACACUGCUCCAAACCACUUCAUCCUGGCCAUGGAGAUUGUUACCCGCAUGGUCAGGGGUAACUUCAAUUUGUUCUCUAUUAUGUUUGGGAUAGACUUGAACAUUCCUUACACUUACUCUGAAUCCAUCUCUCUAUCGGCCCGCGUGAACAAGCAGGCUGCAUACUCUUCGUUAUCCCCAGCAGUCCGCAAAUACACGGCACAAAAUCUUUCAAGGGAAGCACCGCUGACUCUAUCUCCUAUAGAAACCCUCAUUUUCCCCACUCACUUGAUGUUGCCGGGGGAUUACAGCCCUCACUCUCUAUUCCACCCGAACCGCAUCAGACAGAUCUAUCUCGAAUUGUUACUAUCUAACUCCCUUCUUUCCCCGCAGCUUUUGCGCUUUUAUACCUGCUCCGAGCUUUCCUCUGUCAAGCUAGAAGUUCACGGACCCCUCAAUGCCAGCAUGAAGCUAUUGGGACUGUUUCCAGAAUUUUCUAGCAAGGGGCUGCUCAACAAGAAUAUAAAAGGACAGCGUUAUACCCUCUCGGCAGUUUUUAAUGAGGAUGCUCUUCAGGAGAUGCUUCAGAGAACCAGCCAGCAGGGAUUUAAAGCAGAUAUCUAUAACAUUCAAGAGAAGAAUAUUAAGGUUAAUCUCAGUGGUGGAGUUGGUGCCGGUAAGCGCGGGCGGAGACGCCAGCUCUUAACAAUUUCUCCACAGGCUAUGUCCAUGGGCACCCCCACAAGCUCUAUGGGAUCAUUUGCAGAUCUGCCCAGCAACAUUAAAACUAUGGACAUCAUCAAGGGAGUGGACGAUCUCUCCUAUCUCCAGUGUGUCAACAUCCUUAUACCUUUGAGAAGCACAACUGACCAGGGGUGCGUUGUGUUUUCAGAGCUACAGUUCGUCCAACCAACGCAUCUUCAUACAUCCCCACUCCGUCUAUCUGAUCAAGCAAAAAGCUUGCCAGUAAGCCCUAAGCAAUCUACUAGUACUCUAACUUUCACACUAACAGAUUCUGAUAGCAAUGCAAAAAAGACACUGCCGAUUCCAUUUAGUGAUAAGAUGCUUAUUAAGUCCACACUUCAAGACCAAAAGGACUCACCGAAGCCUCAAGUGCUCAUAACAAAAAUUAUCUUGGGUAACAUCGUAAUAGAUCCGGAGAUUCCUUUACCAGUAUCAUUCCUCGAUGAGCUAAAUACAGUCAAGGAGCUGGAACCGUAUUAUGCCGCAUCCAAGGUUGCUGAGCAUGGAAACUCAGUUCAUCGCAAAACUCACCGACACGACUCCAAAACCAAAGCAGCAUCCCCUACAAAGCCGUUCGUAUCAGAAUAUGUUUUUAAGGUAGUUCUCGAUGAGCCCCUUGAGGCCUGUCUCCGUGGAAAUGACAUGGAGCUGUCUGCCGGCUCUAACGAGUCUCUAGGCCUGUCUACUCUUGGGUCUUCGCUUCUAAAGUCUAGCUCUAUCGUAACACCUCAAGUAGACAUCGAUCCUGUAACACUUCGAUCUAGCUCAACCGUUAAGGUGUCUGCGCGGGGAUCUCAAAGGCCUACUGUCCAGGCUGAUGAGAGUAGCGACAGCAGCUCUGCCUCACUAGGCCAUGAGAGGGAAUUCACAGAUACCUCUGAGCGCCUUGCAGCACCGUCUUGUUCCAGCUUUACACGUACUGUAUUGACCAGCAUUCUCAAUAAGAAGAUUGGGAUAAUGCAAGCGUAUUGUAAGGAUUACGGCGAGGCUGUCCUCGCUUCGCUUGCCCCUGACUUUCGCACUGGGUCUCUUGCCAUAGGACACGCGUCACUGAAUUCUAUUUUAGAUUUAAGCACAUAUACCAUCACUGGAUCUCCAGACACAGCAGGGCUUCACUUCGUUCUUCACUCUCGGUGCAAGAGUGAAGUCAUGGAGGAUAGAUCUGCUGCAUCGCUCUUUUCACUCGGACUUUCUAAGCUACGCAAGGACCCAGCGCUGAAAGAACGUGCAGCUACAUUUUUCAAAGGUAUAUCGGAAAGCGGGCUGUUCAUAUUUUCCUUGCCCAAUGCUGAGCUUCUCCAUAUUGAUACAGCGCCUAUUGAAUUGGUAUACCCUCUAUUUAGAGAGCAUAUUGGCUUGACUCUAUCAACUGCUACGCCAGACCCUUCACACACAUUUCUGGACCUGCGUGCUACCCCAGGUGCUACUGGCCCAAUGAGCCAAACCCUGCCAGGUGUUCUACUCUCCUCGUGGAACCAUGGACCCCAGCCAGUAUCUUCUCUGGUGGGUUCUCUUAUUGAUCUAUCAGUAUCUCUCACCUCCCUCUUCAUCCCCUCUCCUAUGCAGGCUCCAAAGUUAGUUUUGGGUGCACGGGACUUAGUGCUUCACGAUGAAAUAGGAGGAGGGAUUCCAGCCAUCUACCUUAUAUGGGGCCUUUCGCUUCCUUACAUGCAAUCUAUCUUAGUUAGGGAUAGAAUACUUUGCCCGACCAUGGGCUCUCAAGCCUACGAUAGCUCUACGCCAAGAGAACAGAGAUGCGCCCAUGGCUUCUUCGAGAGUUGCACAUGCACACUUAAUGAUCCCCUAGACUUUCUGUCUGAUGUACUAAACGAUAUCUCGUGGCUAUUGAUUGAGAGCGGUGCACAAGAUCUUAAUUCGGAACAGAAAGAUAGUAGAGGCGACGUGGAUAAGGCUCUCCCUUGGACAUCCUCUUUUCAAAGAGCUGAAUACACAAGUCCAACAGGCUUCCUAACUACUGCAUUGGGCCUCUGCAUGCCUCCAACUGUCACAAGCAUUGAUCUUUCCCACUCCUCAAGGUUGUUUACUCCAGUAUUCAGUGACUAUGAUUCGCUGUUUCCUCCCAAUGUUGUUUCCUUUUUAGAGUACAGGGAAAGAUCACCUUUUCUUAUCAGCGUCCCGGGGACUCGAAGUGAGGUAGAGACAGCCAUCACCAACGUUGCUCUAUACAUGAAAACCGUUGAUGCAGUUCUUUUAGGGUCUGCUAUCCAAAGGCUGUCUGUUGAUAUUGUUCGCUUUGAUGAUGAGGAGCUAUUUCCCAAGGCCGUCAGCUUCUUGUGCAUCCUGGCUCUGAUUAUGAACAGCCCUUUUCGCCUGCCAAUCUUUAGUCCAUUGAACCUACGGCUUCAGUACUCACGUGUAUACAUGGUUCCCCAUUCAGUUGGCUCUGUGGAUCUAACCAUCCUUGACCAUGAGAAGAAGUGUGUCGAGUACUGUUCUUCUCUUGGGAUCUCCAUUAGCCCUCUAGAUGUAGCUACUCUGAAGGCUUCUACCAGCAUGUCCUCGUUGGGUGCCCACUCACAACCCAGUGUACCUGGCCUGAACAACGAAGUGCUCAGUACCAAUCCACACAUAUCUUGGAAGAUUGCAAAUGCGUGGAAGCAGCAAUCUCUAACAUUCUACAUUAACUUUCAGCUUUAUCAGCUCCUUUCAGAGGGUAUAAAGGGACUCAGCAGCUCCACGAGUUUUGUCGGAGUUCUGGAACAAAUAAUCGCCAAUCAACGCCUGAGAUCGUUUUUUAACACGUCCUUGCUCGCUACAAUUCACGACAUGCUCUGCCAUCCUAAAUGCUUUGUUCCAGCCAUAGUGUAUAUGCCACUGUAUGGGUACUUCUUCGUGAAGUCGAUCUUUGACGUCCACAGGAUUGGAGGGUGGGUUGCCCCAUCGUCGGAGCAACUCGACAUCAAUGAGUAUUAUGGGACUGUAGCGAAUAUAUCAGGUGUCAGUCAAGGGUUGCGCUGCCUCUACCCCGCUAGCACAAGCUUAAUAAGCAAUAUGUCACUGAACAGCCUCACGGGCAUAGCUACGUUGGCAGCUGCACCACUGAAUGCUCCAGGUACCAAUAGCAUGAAUUCUUCCUCCACCUUAGACCUAACUAACUAUGAAGCAUAUGGCAUCCAUAGUCAAGAGCUUGAAGCUAUAAAAACUGCAACAGGCGUGUACAGCGACGAGCCACAGAAGGAGCCAUCUGCUCAAUUUGGACACUCUCUACCCCGUGCUGCAGCAAAACUGGCAAAAAAUACAGAACCUGAAGAAAAAGUCCAACACUUGGCAUCAUCGUGUCUUGUUUCUAACAGGGUAUCAUAUCUCUUGACGGCCAAGCAUCUGAACGAAGCAGUCUACACAUAUGACCCACAAAACUCCCUUAUUUCUAGCAUGCUAACCAGCGGGCAGUUGUCUAUUAAUUUGGCAACGUCAAUCCUAAUGACGAAACUGUAUAAUAGGAAAUUCUCUGCCUUUGCAAAACAGCUCCCCUCGUCACAGAUCCUUCCAACAACUGUUCUCGAUCUCCUGGUGACAUCUACCUACGACCAGGAGAAUAUGACAAAGCAGCUCUAUCAUUUAUUAGGCUGUGACUCGGAUAAAUCUAUUUUACUUGUAGCUAAGCUUCCACAAGCAGAGGACUUCUCCUCCCUUCGCGCUUAUGAUCAAUUGAUUAAGACGGUGCAGGAAGACGAUGAUCCCCUCGUUCCCUUCACUAUUUGGGAUGACAUCUAUGACUUUGUAAUAGAAAAUCAUGCUGCUCUGUUUGAGAUUGUGGACGGCUGUGUCUUUGAUUUUGAUGAAGACCUGAUGCUGUCCAUUGAAGCGGCUAUCCUCUACGAUGACAUUGACUUCCAGACUCUCGAUGAAAAGGAUGAGGAGACUGCAAAGUACUAUUAUUUGCAAGAGCGGCGUUGUGGCGUGCAAAGAACUGAUGAAGAGCGGCGAUCAAUAAGUGCUAUUAGUAACAGAUUGUGUUCACCCCUUAGGUGCUCGGAUUCCCCAUUCACGCCCUCCGAGCUGCAGCUUAUUACAUUACCCAACUAUCAUCACGGUAUACGGCCUUUACUAAAUCUUAUGCUUGCUAUUCAUCCAUCUCUGCUGUCCUAUGGAUCGCUCGACAAGCUUGAUCGCUGGAAGAGCAAGGAGAUAAUUCGACUUGCCCGGUGCCGUGGAUUGGAAAUAGCCAAACAUGUGCUAUUAGGGAAGAUAAGUCCUGACAGUGACAUAGCAAGUACCAAAAAGCAUCCCUCGUAUGAGUCUGUGGACAAGGUGAUGGAGAACUAUCAACGCAUUCUUCACCGGCCGGUAAAGCUGGGGGAGUCAAGGCUUCUUCCUAUUCCCACCCUGGACAGCAUCUCGGCACUAAUAGACGAGAGAGAAAACGACCCCGCACAUCUGUCUAGUAUUCAUGCCCCUCUAUUCCAACGCUACACACUUUUAGAGGAGCGUGGUGCCGCACCAAUCUUUGAUAUCGCUCAGCGGGAAUUGAGGUCAACCGUUCCAUACACUCUAUGCACAGACAUCACGGUGAAAAACACCCCACUAAUUCCUGAUGCAGAAAACCCGCCCAAUCCGUCAGCAGAAGAUUCAACAAACACGUUUCUGACAGACUACUGGUCCAUAAGCAUUCCUAAAUGCAGAUAUAUCACUCCAGAGAGAAUUAGGUCAUUGUGGAACCCCCUUUGGUCCUUAGAAGAGCGCACGCUAGAUAUAAUCCCCAUGGAUCCCUCUGAGCUCAUUAGAACACCAGCAGAGAAGCUUUUCAAAGAGGAGCUUACUAAGGCAGAUGCCCGGUACAAUAACAUGUUAAACGAAGAUCCUGCAAAACCUGAUGCUACAGGGUCAACUUCGGGCACCUCUGUGGUCAAGCGUCAAUCAAGCGUACAGACCCUUUCAUCCAAAUGUGCCUGUGGCUCGUUCCAUGCUGUUCUUCUCCCCAGCCAAUCAUCUUUCCAACCACAGACUUUGCACCAGUCUAUCUUCUCUAUGUCUCCCUACUAUACUCCCCCCGAUCUUGGUGAUGAUGUCAGUAGAGAUAGCAUCUUUUCUAAACUUGUCCUUCAUGCAGUGCAGGAGGUAUGCUUGCUAAUACGUGAGUAUUUAGACCUACUUGCAAACGCCAACAAGAGCCAAAUAUCUCGGUCGAGACACGAAUCGUACAGAUAUAUCGACGAAGCAGUUUGGGGCUAUAUAGUUUCAAGCAUACCGGUGAACGAUACGUACAGGCACAUCAAGUCUAACGUCUCUCCGCAGCUGUGGGAGCGAAAAAGCACUGCACCAAAAGCUCGGUUUGGUCCACAUCCACUACCGAGCCAUAGCCUACAGGUCCGUAUUGAAAGCAGCACAGUAGAAGAUGCUGUUUCCGUCAUGCGGAGAUCACGGAAGAGUGACCCACACAUUCUCUCUGCGGUGAAGAACUCGUCCUUAGUCAAGAACGUCAUACAACAGUCUAACAUAAGCAAGUAUCCAUCACAGGUGGCUGUUCUUAAAGGAAUAGAUAUGUGGGGCACGAAUACGUCACUAGAUGCCCGCAUAGUAGAAAUAGAGAUGUUCUUGACAAUCCUGUGGGAACAUUACCCUCUUCUUAAUCCGCUUCUGAUUGGGGACGUAGACAAUCGCUGUUUCCAGACACCGUAUUGCAUAGCCAGUGCCUACGAGUCAGGCUUUUCAGCUAUUCAUGAGCUUGAAGAGGUGCGGUGCAUUAAGUUUCUCUUGAGACAAGGUAGGAGCCUAGAGAACGAGGUACUGGAUGAGCUUCUUAUGUCCCAGGAAAAACUGCGAAUGCUUUCAAAGGACUGUAUGAAGAGGCGUAUUCGGGCAAUCAAGAUGCUAGAGAUAGAGCGAUACAAUGACAUAGUCGCAGAGACAGAAGAACUGUGUGCCUUGUACAUAAACACAGUGUGGGGGAAAGCCAAUCACACAGACAAACGUAGCUCAGGAUCACGUAUGACUCAUGAAAUGCAGAUUGUGGGUGCCUAUGAAUCUGAUGGAUGCAUUCAGAACGAUCUUGGGGAAUUUCUGGACAUAAUAGAGGAUUCUAUACGUGCAAAUGGACUUCGAUUAGGGCCACGGUGGGAAAACGACGGCUUUGAUUACAAAGAUAUAAUGUAG